AUGCAGUCCAUCGGCCUCGUUCAGAGGUUCUGCCUCGCGCGCAUGCCGCCGCCUGCUGCGUGUCCGGCAGCACCGCCAACCCACGAAAAUCUCCUGGCGCUUGUCAUCUCCCUCCUGGUCCUGGCGCUUCUCACACUCGCCAUUGGCCUGACUGACGCUGUUAUACGCCCGACGAUCGUGGUACGCCUUCGCAUCCUGUCCACAUUGGUCCAAUCUCGACUUCAUGCCGCCUUCGACUUCGUCUUCCGCCUCAUCGCUUCGGCAAAGCUGUCUUUCUGCGCCGGACUCAUCACCUGCAAAGCUGCCGCUCUCCGAGCUCGUAGCAGCGUGGCGACGACCUGGCCUCACCUCGUCGCUUUCAUCUCCUACAUCGUCGCUUCCACAACGACCUUCUUCAGCACUGUUCAUGUCACUGGGAAGACUGCCAUCCUUCGAGCGCACAACAAACUAUCACCAAUCUGGACUCCAUGCAUCACCUGCAUCGUUCAUAUUGCGGCGCCAAUCUGGACUCACUGCAUCACCUACAUCAAGCACAUAUCGGCAGACGCAAUCACAAUCUGUAACGUCGGAGUCGUGGCCCUCAAAGCUGCCGCGCUCCGAACAUGUCAUACUGCGGCGACGACUUGCACAUACCUCAUCGACUACGCCACAGCUGCCAUUUCCAGUCCCGCGAACGCUACUCGCACCUGUUGCUCGAUGACAUUUGCAUCCGAUCGCAAGUUACUGCACCACAUUACCGUCGCUCAUCUCAAGGAACUCACAGACAGAGCCGCCACAGAGAUGGGAGACGACUCUCAAGAGCAUGGAAAGGACGACGCAUACACUGGCAGGAAGAGCGAGUCGGGCGACGACUGGGUUGAGCUCAACAUGUGA